CGAGUACGCGUCCACCUCCCAUUCCGCUUCGAAAAUGGCCAGAAGAUACGAUAGUCUAGGCCGCACAACUAUCUUCUCCCCAGAAGGGCGACUGUACCAAAUCGAAUAUGCCAUGGAGGCGAUUAAUCACGCCGGGACUGUUUUGGGAAUAUUAGCCAAAGACGGUGUGGUCUUGGCUGCUGAGAAAAAGGUCACAGGAAAGCUCCUCGAUUUGUCAAUUGCUAAGGAAGGAGGGUAUGGAGGCAGUGGAGAGAAGAUUUUCUUGCUCAAUAGCAAUGUCAUUGCUGGUGUCGCUGGGAUAACAGCUGACGCAAACUCGCUCAUCAACUACGCCCGGCAAGCAGCACAGGGUCACCUAUUUUCUUUCAAUGAAGACAUACCCGUUGAACAGCUCGCUCAACGGUUAUGUGACCUGAAGCAAGGUUACACGCAGUACGGUGGUCUACGACCGUUCGGCGUAUCAUUGCUUUACGCGGGCUACGAUCCGCAUUACCAGUUCCAGUUAUAUCACUCCGAUCCUUCAGGGAACUACAGUGGUUGGAAAGCAACGUCCAUUGGAGCGAACAAUGGAACUGCUCAGAGUUUGUUGAAGCAAGACUAUAAGGACGACAUCGACGUCAAUGCAGCUGUUGCGCUCGCGAUCCAGGUAAUGAGCAAAACUAUGGAUAGCACAACACUUAGCUCAGAGAAGCUUGAAUUUGCGAUCCUUACAUUAGACAAAGAGUCGGAGGCGCCAAAUGCCAAAAUUUUCAAACCUGCUGAGAUUGACGCCUUACUUGCGAAACACGGGAUUGACAAGAAGGAUGAGGAGAUGAAGGGUUGAAUUCUAAUUUCCAGCUUGUACUUAUCUCAUUCAGCGCUGAUAAAA